AAGCUCCGAUGCAUAAGCAAUUCACUUCACCAGUUUCUAAAUCAACUUAGUCUUCGAAUCACAAAACCUCGCAAUGGUUCGAAAAUUUCACCUCAGAUUGCUCCUCGGCAGUUUCAAAGACAAAGCUUCGAUAAUCAAAGCAAGCUUAUCAUCUAAACGUCGGACAGCUUCCAUCCGUCUCUCCGUCAUCCGCGCCACCAAGAGAACCUCCACGUCUCCGCCGCAGCAUCGGAUAGACGCCGUCCUCGCCUUCGGCCACAUUAGUCGUCCCACGGCGUCUGCAUGCAUCCAUGCAAUCAUGGACCGGGCCCACAAAUCUCGGAACGCUUACGUGGUCUUCAAGUCUCUCAUUAUUAUUCAUAAUAUUAUUACCCGAGGUUCCUUCAUCCUCAAGGACCAGCUUUCGAUUUAUCCGUCUACGGGGGGCCGAAAUUAUCUCAAUCUUUCGAUGUUUUCGGAUAAAAGUAACGUUAAGACAUGGGAGUUUUCGACAUGGAUACGUUGGUACGCGCGUUUCUUGGAACUCAACCUAAUGACCUCUAGGGUCCUCGGUUCUUACCUGUCGAGUUCGAGUUCAAGUUUUACUAAUUCAUCGAAUAAUAAUGUCAAAGAUUUCGAAAAUUUGACGGGAUUAUUGAGUUCGGAUUUAAUUAAAGAGAUUAAGGCUUUGGUUGAUAUAAUUGAGGAGAUUUGUAGAGCACCGAAUGAUUCGAGUACUCAACAAAAUAAUUUAGUUUACGAGGCGAUGAAAUUAGUCAGCGAGGACUACCGAUCGACUCAGCAAAAAAUUUAUUCGCGGCUCACUGAGUUGGAAGACCGAGUUAAGGGACUAAACUCGGGCGAGUUGGAUGAGUUGAUAAAUUGUUUGAAAAAGGUGGAGGAGAGUAAAGAAAGAUUGGUGGAUUUGUUUGUGAAUAGAAAAAGAAACGAUGCGUUUUGGGAGUUGAUUAGUCAAACAAGGAUCAAUUUUUUGCGUGUUAAGAAAGAGCGUGAAAGUGUUUUGGCGAUUAGUGAGUCGACUCGGUUGGAUGAACGGGUUGUGGCACCGAGUCGGAUGGUGAUGAGAUUGUUGCCAUAUGGAGGAGGAUGGAUGAGAGGUGAGUCGACUCGUGUUUUGGCUCUGACAACGUCAACAAUGUGAUUAGGGGGCAUGUUUGGCAUUGCAAUCUUGCACUUCACGGAUUUUAGGUUGUGGUAUUGGUUUGCUAGGUCAAAUGUCGGAUUAUUUAAUUUGUUAGUUUUUGUGCAUCAUUUAAUUAAUAUUUUCUCCAUCUAUUUUAUGUCUCUUUCAAAAAGAAAAAUACUUCAAAUA